AAGUCCGAUUCUUGCCACCAGUGGUUUUGUAUUGUGCGGAGCCAUUGAUUGGCAUAAGUCGAGUGACGCCGAAGCGAUGGACCUGUUCACGGAGCUGCGCAAGCACGCAGGCGGCGCACACCCGCAGAAGGCCAAGCUCAAUGUGGUGCUAGCCGCCAUCUGCGAUGUUAUCUACGAGCGUCGCGCUAAUGGCGACCGCCAGGCGCCCAUUUCUCCCACCGAGUAUUUCGCUGCACUCAUGACAGCACUUGACGCUGCUUCGGACUCACAUCGCCAGGAGAUCGCACAGCUGCUGUCCAUGGUGCUACCAGAAGUGCCUGAAGCUGUACUUCGCGGUAAAUUCGCAGCCGUGGCCAAGUGUCUCACCACAGUUCUACAGGAAGCAGGAGACGACGCGGCGUUGCUACGCUCUGCCAGCGCGUGUCUGGCUCUGGCUCUGCUGGUACAGGAGCCAUCGGCCACUGCAUGGGCCCGCCCUGAACUGUUACGUAGCUUCCAAUUGCUGCUGACGCUCGCGAUGGACUCGCGUCCCAAGGUGCGCAAGGCCGGACACAAGUGGACUAUGGACAUCCUGGAGCUUCACGCCGCUAAAGGUUGUGACGCCCUGUCCACACACAUUGCCAGCUUUGCAGAGAACGUGUUCGCCAGCUCCAAGAAGGACGGCAAGGAUGACCAGCGUCUCGUGUUGCUCGUCGCCUUCCUCAAACUAGCGCUUCCACUGCUGCAACGUAAGGUGGUGGCCUCGCUGGUUGCUGCGCUUGCCAAAUUCCUAGACGCCAACUCGAAGACACUGCGUCUUGUGACGUAUGAAGCACUUGAUGCACUAAGCGCUGCGCCAGAGUCGCAGCUGACAGCGGACGCGCUUCGUAAGCUCGUAAUCGCAGUACUUGACGCACAAAGCAGUGGCUCUCUGGAGGCUCAGGGCGGCCCCGUAGCCAUCUACGCCGUGCGUAUCCCGUCUCAGGCACUUGUUCGUCUCGCCACUGUUAACGCUGAAGCAGCUCGCGAGCUGUUGCCGCGUGUGGUGAGCGCUGUAUGCUCUCACAUCGCCACGGACAAUGACCGUAUCCAGCGCCAGGCUACCCGCUCGCUGCUGACUGUUCUCAAGGCUACGCUGACCCCUGAGGUGCUCGAGACUGAAGGAACGUUUGAAGAUGUGGCCCGUGUGCUGGCUUCGCUGCAGAGUCUCACUUCGCUGCGCUUCCAGGGGGCGUGGAGUCAUGUUUUCCCGCUUAUUGGUGAGCUCUUCCGUUUCUACGGACCUGUCAGUCGUCCAGCGCUCGAGCCCAUUCUGGUUACGUGCUGUGAACUCCACGAGGCUGCGGAUCAACUUCCUCAGCAGCAACAAGGAGGUAAGAGCGCUCAGACGCUGUCACAGUUGUUCGCGUUGGCUGCCGGUGCCGCUGUCGAGGCCUUGAGCCCACGUGCCUUCCUGGAGAUCGUUCCUAUCGACCAUCCGACUGAGAUUGUGAGUGAACAGCGUGCAUGGCUUCUUCCAGUCUUCCGUGAUGCGCUGCGUGUGACUCAGCGUGGCUGUGAGCUUGGAUUCUUUGCCGAUGUGGUGCUGCCUAUGGCCCGUGCGUGCGAGGCUGGAGCACGUGAGGCCAGCGUCACUCCGUUGCAAGCCAAGAAGCUGCAGACUCGCGCUAUUCAGCUCUGGACUCUCUUCCCGAGCGUCUGUGCUCGUGCUGUAGAUAUCGACACACAUUUCAAGAAGAUCGCCAAGGUUCUCGCUAGUGCUAUGGCGGACAAGCGUUACCCGGAGUUGCGUCUCGCUGUCUGUCAAGGUCUCCAGGCUCUUGUUAAGCGCACGCGUGCUCUUCAGAAGUCUGUAGCUCGCCGCUACCAACGUGAGACGGAAGAUGCUGAGGUGGAAGAUGCCGAGGAGGCCGAAGAGGACGAUAACGAAGAGCAGCUGGACGAGACCAAGCUGGCGCGUGACCGUGCCGCUUUGGCUAAAUACUCUGGACGUUAUUUGCCUCUGCUACUCUCCUUCGUGGAGGAAUUGGACCCGGAAAAGGACACGGAACGUGCUCAGGUGCUGCUGGAUACGCUCGAGGGCUUUGCCUCACUUGCUGAGGCUGAGCUGAUCAGCACAACGUUCAAGAAGGUGAUGCAGAAGCUGCUAGAGGCUACGACGGAGGCCAAGCGUGUGGAGGCUGAAGGUGCAGGCAGCAACUCUAAGCGUGCGACCAAGCUUCGACAGAUUUCGCACGCACAGAUGGCUCUGGCUUUGGCUCUGUUGGCUCACGUGGACGACGCCAAUGUGGCUCUCCUGUACCGUGUGAUCAAGCCGUACUUGCUGGACGAUGCCGAUGCGCCUAUGCAGAAGCGUUCGUACGCCGCUUUGGUGGCCAUUUGCGACUCUCACCCCAAGUUUUUGUCGGAGGAGUCUCAACUACAAGACCUCACUCGUGCUAUCUGCGAGUCGCUGCUCACGUGCUCUGUUCCCGCUAAGAAGAUGCGUCUGCGUGUGCUCGCCCACUUGAUCCGUGCGCUACAGGCUCAGCCAGCUACCGACGGAUUGGCGGAGAAGGAGUUGGUUCCCAACCUUGUUGGUGAGAUCAUGUUGUGUACCAAGGAGGCCAACGGCAAGGCUCGUGAAGCUGCUUUCGAGUUGCUAGUGGCCAUGGCCAUGCUGCUGCGUGCCCGCGACCCGCAGAACGGGCUCAUGGAGUUUAUUCAGAUGGUUCUCGGUGGUCUGGCCGCUCGCACGCCUCACAUGCGUAGCGCUGCUGUGAUUUGCCUCAGUCGAUUGGUAUUCGAGUUCGGUCGCGAAGAUCCUUCCAUCGCUCAGGCGAUGCCGUUGCUGCUCAAGACGGUUCUCAUGCUGCUGCACGAGAAGGCUCGCGAAGUGAUCAAGAGUGUCAUCGGCUUCAUGAAGCUUGGCAUCGCCGUCUUGCCCAAGGACCAGCUGGAACAGUUCCUUCCUGACAUCAUCAAUGGUCUGUUGGUCUGGAUCGGCGAGAGCAAGAACCGUUUCCGUGCCAAGACGCGUAUUAUUCUUAUUAAAUUGUGCCGCAAGUUCGGCUACGAACACGUGGCUGCGCUUGUGCCCGAGGAGGACCGUGCUCUGAUCCGUCACAUUAAGAAGACCAAGGAGCGCGAAGACAAGAAGAAGUCGGAGCUUGCGGCUGAGGCUGCUGAGCGCCGUGCUGCCAAGAAGAACCGCGACGCGUUCGAAGAAUUUAUGGCCGACUCGGAUGACGAAGGAGACGAUGACGAGGCUGCGGCAAUGCAAGUGUUGAAGCGUAAGAAGGACUUGCACAAGAAGCACAAGGGCGGAAAGGUUAUCCGUGAGGACGAGGACGAUAUUAUGGACUUCCUGGAUGAUAACGCAGCGGUGAAGAACAUUUUCUCGUCCCAGAGAGGUGGCCAUGAUGACGACGAGAGCGACGACGAGCUCCAGAUGAGCAAGGAUGGCCGCCUGAUCAUCCCUGGCGGUGAGGACGACGACAUGGAUGGGGGCAGUGACAGUGACGAUGAGGACAAGAUCAAACAGGAUGUUGCCUCUCAGCUACAGCGCAUGGGACUUAACAAUAACGGCAAACACGACAAGGGAGGACGAGCCAAGCGCAAACGCGACGAUGACGGCAGUAGUGGACGCGAGUACCGUGCCAAGAAGGCCGGAGGUGACAUUAAGAAGAAGGGCAAGCUCGAGCCGUAUGCAUACAUUCCGCUGGACCCCAAGCUCAUGGCCAAGCGUAACAAGCGUGAGGCUGUGACGCGCUAUGGCGGCAGCGUUGGGAAAAGGCGAGGCAAAAAGUAAGUCUUCCGUCAGAAACACACAAGACGUAGGUAGACAUCAUACAGGUAGAACGCCAUGGCCUGAGAGAGAUCAGGCAGGGUACGUAACUGAAUAUCCAAUUCUCGUAAGACUUUGCAUUUCCCACACUCAUUAGGUUGUCCAUGUAAUACUUUGUCAAAGUUGAAGUAUAGUACUACUUCUAAAAUGUGAGUCACCCUGACUCAUCAAGUUGAGUCAGCACCAAC